GCUGCGGGAGCCGCGGGGGGCUCCCCCCGCCCCGCCCCCUCCCGCAUCCGAGGCAGGACCAUCGCCCCGCGCACACAGAUCCGGCACCAUGAACCGGGCCGGCGGACGAUAGCGGCACCUCUCGCCCUCCCCCGGCCGCCGUGAUCAUCGACGCCCCGCCCGUCGCCGGGCCCGCCAUGGGCGGGGAUCGGCCCCCGCCAAGGGGGACGGCCCCCGAGCAGCUGGCCAGCCUGCUCCGUCAGCGGUGCGGUCAGCAGCAGCAGCAGCAGCAGCAGCAGCAGCAGCAGCAGCAGCAGCGGCGGCAGCGGGCGGCCCAGGGCGUCCUGGUCAUCGACAGCCGCUCCUUCGUGGAGUUCAACGCCUGCCACGUGCUCGGGGCCGUCAACGUCUGCGCCUCCAAGCUCGUCAAACGCCGCCUGCAGCAGGACAAGGUGUCCGUCGCCGAGCUCAUCCAGGCCGCCUCCAGGGUCGAGGUGGAGGCGGAGGGUGGGCAGGACGUGGUGGUGUACGACCAGAGCACCCGGGAUGCCACCGCGCUGGCCGCAGACAGCUUCCUCUCCGUCCUGCUCACCAAACUGGACGGACGCUACCCCAGGGUCUCCAUCCUCACAGGCGGCUUCGCCACCUUCUCCUCCUGCUUCCCCAGCCUGUGCGAGGGGCGUCCCGCCGCCCUGCUGCCCACCAGCAUCUCCCAGCCUUGCCUGCCCGUGGCCAACCUGGGGCCCACCCGCAUCCUGCCUCACCUCUACCUAGGCUCCCAGAAAGACGUCUUGAACCAGGAUCUGAUGACCCAGAACGGGAUCAGCUACGUCCUGAACGCCAGCAACUCCUGCCCCAAGCCGGACUUCAUCUGCGAGAGCCAUUUCAUGCGUAUCCCCGUCAACGACAACUACUGUGAGAAGCUGCUGCCUUGGCUCGACAAAUCCAUCGAGUUCAUAGACAAGGCCAAGGUAUCCAGCUGCCAAGUGAUCGUCCACUGCCUGGCUGGGAUCUCCCGCUCUGCCACCAUCGCCAUUGCUUACAUCAUGAAGACCAUGGGCAUGAACUCCGACGAUGCUUACAGGUUCGUCAAGGACCGCCGCCCCUCCAUCUCGCCCAACUUCAACUUCCUGGGGCAGCUGCUGGAGUACGAGCGGAGCCUGCACGUGCUGAAGGAGCUGCAGGCGCGUGGCGGAGAGCCCCCCGCCGAAGCCCCCCGGCCCCCGGCCGGCCCGGCCCCGCCGCCCCCCUCGUCUACCUCAGAGAGCGCCGGGGCGGGAUCCCCGGGGUCCCCGCGGGCCGAGGCGGAGCCCCCCGGCCCGGCCCGGCUCCUGCAGCAGGGCCUCCGCGGGCUGCACCUCUCCUCGGACCGGGUGCAGGACGCCAACCGGCUCAAGCGCUCCUUCUCGCUGGACAUCAAGUCGGCCUACGCCCCCAGCCGCCGGACCCCCGCCCCCGCCCCGGGGCCCGCCCUCUCCGCCGAGCCCCCCAAGCUGUGCAAGCUGGACGGUCCCCCAACCCCCGGCGGGUCCGAGCCGGACGCGGCCUCCAAGGCCAGGCCCCGCCGGAAGCACCGGGCCCGGGCCCCGUCCCCCGGCCUAGGCCUCGGGCCGGGCGGCGUCAGCGCCCCGCGCCCGCCGGCCCCCGGCGACGACGGGCCCCGACCGGGGCCCCCCGACACGCCGGGCACCCCGGCCCAGGAGCGGCCCUGGCCCUUCACCCCGGACGGCCCCGGGCAGGGGAGCCCCGGGGCCCUGUUCGCCCCGGCCUUCCCGCCCUUCGCCCUGGCCGCCGGCCUGCCCUCCGCCGGCCUGCCCUCCGGCCUGCCCCCCGGCCUGCCCCCCGCCGGCGGGGCCGAGCUGCGUCUCCGGGACAAGGCGCGGGCCGAGCCCCCCGAUGCCAGGCGCAGCUGGCACGAGGACCCGCCCGCCGACAAACAGUUCAAGAGACGCAGCUGCCAGAUGGAGUUCGGGGACGGGGUGGGUGCGGGCGAGGGCCGCGGCCGCGAGGAGCUGGGCAAGAUGGGCAAGCAGGCCACCUUCUCCGGCAGCAUGGAGGUCAUCGAGGUGUCCUGACCCCGCCCCCGCCCUCAGGGGGUGCCGUCCUGUCCGCCCUCACGGCCCCCAUCCCCACCGUGGGGAUGGGGGGGGUCCUGCCGAACUCCCGACCCCCGAAUUCUGGGCCGCCCCCCCCAGGGGGCAGAAGCGACCCGGGAGGUCGCCCCCCGCUCUUUUCACCCCCCCCCAACGGCCCUUUGGGGGUCCCCCGCAGCCCGGGGGGGGGCCCCCACUAUAAAUAUAUUCUACAGACGAUGGAAGAGGGCGAGACGGUUUGACGGCGAUUUUUAUCGAGGCGUCAACUACGACUUGGAUUUUGGGGGGGGGGGUUUGGAGAUUUUUAAUUUAUUGGACGUGCGCGAGGUGUUCAUUCUGGUAAUGAUUCGAGGCCGGCCCACGUGCGGCCCCUUCUUUAAACUCUGUUUUUACUGUACGGUAUUUAAAAUCGAAACACAGGUUUCUAAGCAAUACGAAGCCCCGCGGUUUCCCUUAGGGAGUCCCCCGCGCCCCCUUCCUUCUGAGCACAGAGACCCCCCAAGCCCCAGACCCCAGCCGGAAGGCUGGGGGGGUGGAGUGGGGGGGUUUCAUGCACUUUUUUAAAAAGAAAAAAGACAAAAAUAGAGAGAAUCUUAGCCACAAACUGAGCCGAGGACGCUUCCCCCUCCCCGUGACCCUCCCCUUCCAUCUCUGUGCCCCCCCAUCCCUCUUCGCUUUGGGGGGUUCCGUCAGCGCCCCCCUCCCUUCCUCGACAAAGCCAUGGGGGUCUCCCCCCGUCCAGGGGCGGGGGGUCGCAGCCGGUCCUUGUUGAUUGAGGUCCGGGGAACGGGAGGGGGUCGCCUGAAGACCUCGAACGGUCUCGGGGAGGGGGACCCCAGAGAGGCCCGGCUGGGCCGCCGUCCCAGCGGAGGCGAUUUGGGGUGAUGGGGAGGGUCUCGGUCUGGCUCUUGAGGGGCGAGGCCGGGGGUGGGGAGGAGGGACCUGGGAGCCGGCUUUCUCGAGGACCCCCGUCCCAUUCCCCCGCCUCGGCCCCUUGGUCGGAGGCGGGGGCCUCGGAGCCACGAAGCACAGCCCUCGUCUCUAAGAGGCUUGGCGUGACCCCGAGGUCAGGGGUCGGGGGUCCUGGG